AAUUUGAAGAGCGAGUUGGCGUUACCACAAUCCGAAAAGGAAACAUGUUUACUUUUGUUCGCAAACACACGAAAGGCACGGUAAAAGGCAUGGCACGAUUUUAUGGUAAGAAAGACGACGAAGCUAUACGGAGUGUAUGUCUGAAAUUUGCGGAGGACUUCGAAAAACAAGGAAAACAAGAAAAACAAGGAAAAGAAGAAACCGAAGAAGACAAGAAAAUCGAAGAGAGGAUGAAGGAGAUUCUUGAAGGCACCAAGAAGCUUAGGGAGCAAGAAAAAGAAGAAAACGAAGAAGACAGGUCGGAGAAGCUCCGGAAAAGGGACGAGAUGAUUAGGGAGUCGCACGAAUCUAUGCAGAGUAAAUUACGGAAUGCUGACAAGGAAAUCAAAGAGAGGCGGAAGAAGAGUAAUGAAUCGUUGAAGAUGCUUUUGGAGAGUCAUAGGUGGAUAGAAGAAAAAAAAGAAAAGGAGAUGGAGAUGGAGAAGCCUAUGAGGGGGAGGAUUGCCUGUGAUGAGUAUACGGAAAACUGUUGUUGUAUACUACUCUCAUUCAACAAGAAAAAGAUAGAGGAAAAGCCGAAGGAGAAUCAACCGAAGGACAAUCAAGAAGAUGAUAAGGAAAAUAAGAAGUGAAAUUAGAAAAAAUUAUAGAUAUUAUUUGAUCUUAGGCAAAUGUGUACAUUGCACCGUUUAUACUCUGUUGCCAGGUUAUUUCCGUACAUUGCAACCCAAUAAAUGGACUUUGGUGUUAUUUUCUUUGUGCGGUUGAGUGUUUUAGGUAAAAUCUGCUUGAACUUUUUUCGUUGUUGACUUUGUGGUUUAAAUUGAUUCGUUUGAGUGGUUGGGUAUCGGGGGGUUUGAGGUCUUUUGAAAUCUUGUUGUUUGUGUGAUGAGUUUUAGGUUUUAUCAAUGUUGAAAACUUUUAUUUCUCGAGAGGUUUUUGGUAUUCCUUCACUGAUUUGCUACAGAAGCAACUGAUCCAAUUGAGA